ACCCCAAAAAAGCCUAGUACAGAAAGUGGAACUUUUUCUGCAGAUAUAAAGCCAACUGGUGGCCAACUCUUUGGUACAAAAGGGUUAGUUUGGAGAGGGGAAACUAUAUUGGCACAUUUCUGUUAAAAAAUAUUAAUCAAAUAAUGGCUAUGAUGGGGAAAAGAAGAUGACUAAAAUAAGUUGUGGAUAUAGAGUAGACUGCUUACUACAAUAUGGGAAUUAGGAUAAGAUACUAUAAUUUCUAAGACAGUGACUGAGGGGAUAAUAGUAACAUUCCGGACAAUUGCAUGUGAAUAGCUUGGAAAUAGUAUUUUAGGUUUUAGAUUUUCUUAGGUGCUGGUCCCUGUGGCUUAUUUUAUACUUAAAAAUUGAUGAGAUCACCUAUAGGUAGUAUGUAGGAGAUGUAUAGAGUUAGGAGAGGCAGGCAAAGGAAGCGUUGAUUGGAAGUGCAUGUUUCCUUGUAUCUGCAGCAUAACAAUGUAUACUUCUUGAAGACUAUUAUGAAUUAUUCAUCUUUCAUUCCCUUUGACCUGGAAUGAUGUCUGGCAAAUAGUAGAUUUCACCUGUAUUUGUCUCUAGAAUAAAUAAAUACUUAAUAAGUUAAUGAGGUCUUCUCAUAGAUGUAUUUAACACAUUAGUAGGCCUCUUCUCUUCCUUUUGAACGUAUCCCAUCUCCAGAUACUUGAAACAUCUUUCCAACAUCCUCACAUGAGUCCCCAAGGAUGGUUGGUCUGAAUCUUAUCUCUACAUUUUGUAUCCCAUAUUCUGACCAGGUAUGGUCCAUUUUUGUGUGAAGACAGAAUUGUAGCCAUGAGUGUUAGGGGAUCAAGCAGAAUUUUUUCAAACAAACCACAGGGCUGGGGAAUUUGAGUAUUACAUUGUUUCAAAUUGCUGAUCACAGAUGAAAGUUGUCAAUGGUAGGAAAUGUGGCUGGUAGGAGGUCACAGAAUUAGAGCCAACAAAGGUAUUAGAAAGGAGGGGUUACUCUAUCAGAACCCCAUGACUUUAGUCAUUUUAGCCAAACCUCAGUCUCUGCCUCACCUCUUGUUUCCUAUUUGUUAGGUACUUGUAUUAUAACAGGGAAGAUCCUUUCCUUUUAUAUUCCAGGCCCCCAAAUUUUUCACAAAAACAGCUCCUUUAUACUUAGUUCUCUUCCUGAAAAUAGAAAAACUAAGGUCUUUGGAGGUGGCUUUCUUUGGAUUUCUAAAAUUAGACUCAAGUUUCUAGUAAUAGUGGCUUUGUUCCUGGUGCCAAUAAUUAAUCUCUUCAUGCUUACACACUUUAUCAUCUUGUAGGAAAAAUGUUUUCUUAUGGCAACAGUUGACUACUCACCUGGUAGUAUCAAGAUCUUCCCAAACUCAUGAAAUUCAGACUACUAUUAAUUUAGUCAUCAUAUCUUCUUCUUUUCCAAGUAUGUGUAACAUUACUCCAGAGAAUGUGACCUGAAAUGCUAAUCUCUGGGCAUCUGGACUGGGAUAACAGGCUUUGGAGACCCUUCAGACUUUGAGCACAGGAACCCCACACAUGACAACCUAAACUCCUCAGGAACCAGGUUCUGGAGCCUCUCUACUAUCAUCUGCCUGGGACCUGGUGGAACCACUGAGAUGGCAGUGACUUCUCCAUGCAGCAAAUAGUUUUUUCAGAGGUGUGAAAUACCAUGGGGGUAAAAGAGAGGAGGUAGGCCUGACAAGAAGGGAGAGAUCCUGUGCUACAGAUGUGAUCAGAUAUAAGGGGGAAUGGCCAGGUUUUUGCUUUGUGCUCUCAUUCACCAGUUCAUAGCCCUCCCCUGUUCCCACUCUAGAGAGAGGAUUGGUAUCAGGGUUUACUCCUUUGCUUCUAACAACAUCAUUGCAACUUUUGUCAUUUCAGAGCUGAGAGAAGUCCAGUGCUACUACGAUCAGGCCCUUGGUUUUUUGGGUGAAUCCUGACCACAUCUGCUACCGGCCUGCCUUCAAAUCUCCAAGGAGACAGGGCUGCUCCGUUGGUGUAUGAAGGGAUCUGUGAGCUAGAGGAGCCUCAGAAGUCAAGACAAGUAGGACAGGUGAGCAGCUGCAAUGGCUUCAGAAAUCCUGAUGAACAUAAAGGAGGAGGUGACCUGCCCCAUCUGUCUGGAGCUCCUGACAGAACCCCUGAGCCUAGACUGUGGCCACAGCUUCUGCAAAGCCUGCAUCACUGCAAACAACAGGGACUCCAAGAUUGGCCAAGAAGGAGAGAGCAGUUGCCCUGUGUGCCGAAUCAGCUACCAGCUUGGGAACCUGAGGCCUAAUUGGCCCAUGGCCAACAUAGUGGAGAGGCUCAGGGAGGUCAAGUUGAACCCAGAGGAGAAACAGAAGAGAGAUCUCUGUGUGCGUCAUGAAGAGAAACUCCUGCUUUUCUGUAAGGAGGAUGGGAAGAUCAUUUGCUGGCUUUGUGAGCGGUCACAGGAGCACCGUGGUCACCACACAUUCCUCAUGGAGGAGGUUGCCCAGGAAUAUCAGAAGAAGCUCCAGACAGCUCUGGAGAGGCUGAGGAAAGAGCAGCAGAGAGCUGAGAGCUUGGAAGCUGAUGUCAGAGAAGAAAGAACUUCAUGGAAGAAUAAAAUGCAAAAUGAGAAAAAAAGUGUCCAGGCAGAGUUUAAUCAAGUGAGAGUUUUCCUGGACUCUGAGGAGCAGAAGGAGCUGCUGAAGUUAAGUAAAGAGGAGGCAGAUAUUCUACAUCACCUCGCUGAGGCUGAGAAUGAGCUGGUCCAGCAGAAGCAAUUGGUGAGCGCUCUCAUCUCAGAUCUGGAGCAUCGGUUGCAGGGGUCAACAAUGGAGAUGCUGCAGAAUGUGAAUGACAUCAUGAAAAGGAGUAAGACCUUGACUGUGAGGAAGCCAAAAACUCUUUCCGUGGAACAAAAGAGAGUGUGCCGAGUUCCUGACCUGAGAGGGAUACUGCAAGCAUUUAAUGAGCUCACAGACAUGCGACGCUACUGGAGUAAAGAAGGUAACCUGGACUCAAGAACAAGAAGAGCCCCAGGAGUCAGGACCAGAGGAAGCAAGGGGAGAAUUGCAAUGGAUUUUUCAGCACAGGUAAAUCUUCAGAAGGAGGUGACCUGCCCAAUGUGCCUGGAGCUCCUGACAGAACCCCUGAGCCUGGAUUGUGGCCACAGCUUCUGCCAAGCCUGCAUCACUGCAAAGAUCAAGGAGUCAGUGAUCCACCUAGGGGGAGAGUGCAGCUGUCCUGUGUGCCAGAGAAGAUACCAGCCUGGGAACCUCCGGCCUAAUCCGCACCUGGCCACCAUAGUGGAGAGAGUCAGGGGGGUCAACACGAGCCCACACAAGUGGCAGAAGAGAGAUCUCUGUGAGCAUCAUGGAGAAAAGCUCCAUUUGUUCUGUAAGAAUGAUGCGAAGGCCAUUUGCAGGCUUUGUGUGCCGUCUCUGGAGCACCAGGGUCACCAAAUAUUCUUCAUGGAGAAAGCGGUCAUGGAAAUCCAGGACAAGCUCCAGGGAGCACUAAAGAAGCUGAAGAAGGAACAGCAGGAAGCUGAGGAGUUGGAAGCUGAUGUCAGAGAAGAGAGAGCUACCUGGAAGAAUCAUAUGCAGACUGAGAGACAGAGGAUUCUGAAAGGGUUUAAUGAAAUGAGAGGCAUCCUGGACAGUUUGGAGCAGAAGGAGCUGCGAAAGCUGGAGGAAGAUGAGGUGACUGUGCUGGAGAACUUGGUAGCAGCUAAAGACCAGCUGGUCCAACAGAGUCAGUACAUUAAAGAGCUCAUCGCAGAGCUGGAGCGUCAGACGUGUGUAUCAUCAAUAGACACACUGCAGGAUGUGAACAACCUCAUAAGAAGGAGUGAGACCUGGACCUUGAAAAAGCCAAAAAUGGUUUCCAAGAAACUGAGGCGUGCAUUCAGAGUUCCAGAUCUAAGUGGUAUGCUGAAAGUGUUUAAAGAUCUGACAGAGAUCCAAUGCUACUGGGUUGAUGUGAUGCUGAAUCCAGUCAACGCUAUUUCAAGUAUCAUUGUAUCUGCGGAUCAGAGACAAGUGAGAGUUGUGCACCCUUUUAUGUUUGGGAAUAUAUUUCCAUGUGAUUUGUCUGCUUUUGAUAUCUUGGGCUGUCAAAGUUUCUCUUCAGGGAAAUAUUAUUGGGAAGUAGAUGUGUCUGGGAAGACUGCUUGGAUCCUGGGGGUAUGCAGUAACAAACGGAAAUUCAAUAGACAAAAGAGUUCUGAGUUUGCUUUUGAAUCAAAUCUAAAUCAUCCAAAUGUUUAUUCCAGAUACACACCUCAACAUGGCUACUGGGUUGUAGGGUUACAGAAUGAAUCAGAGUACAAUGCCUUUGAGGACUCUUCCACCUCUGAUCCAAAGGUCUUGACUAUUUCCAUGGCUGUUCCUCCCCAUCGUGUUGGGGUUUUCCUAGACUGUGAAGGAGGCACUGUCUCAUUUUUCAAUGUCACAAACCAUGGGUCACUCAUCUACAAGUUCUCUAAGUGUCGCUUUUCUGAUCCUUCUUAUCCAUAUUUCAAUCCUUGGAACUGUCCAGCUCCCAUGACACUGUGUCCACCAAGCUCCUGAGCCGCCUUCUUCCCUCACCCAUUUCUUGUGUCCGUUGUCCUGGGUUUCAUCUCUAUAUGUGAGCUCAUCUGCACCAUUCACACCAUCUCUUCCUGACGUAUCCCUUCUUUGCUUUAAAACUUUUACACAUCCUUGGGCAGUACAGUGUAUCUGGUUCACAUUAUGAGAGAUGCUCAUUUACCAUUGUUUGUGUUCUCAAAGAAAGGCAUAUAAUUCCUCCUAAAGGCAGAGCAGUAUUGAUAUAACAUUUGCCAUCCCAUUUCUUCAUAUUUUCCUUUAUCAUUGAUCUGAAGAGACAUUGCAAAGCCUGUCUGCCACCAUGCACAUUACCUAGGACAGUCCGUAAUCACCCUCCACAUACCAAAAACAACUAAGGAGUCUUUGGGUGCAUGUUUAUUUGUUGCCUAGGAUAUACUAGGUUCAUCAGAAAGUCAAAUAAAGGAAAACAUAAGCCAUAUAUGUACCGAAAGUGAAGAUUUUGUGUACAGAGUGUUUGAGUUCCUAUCCUAUCUCUUCUUUUAAAGAUGUGUAAUGAUGAAUAAAUUCUGGUUCCCUUUUCCUAAAAUACAAUUUCAGAUUUAAAACUAUACUUAACUCUUAAAUCCUUGUGAAAAACUAAGUGUCACUCAAUGUAAAGCAGCUAAGUGUCCUGUACAUUAUAAUAAAUAUUUUCUCUCAUAA